GUCGAUAAUGCAGUGAUAUCGCACUUGACACUUAACUGUCAAAAUCAUAUGUGUUUUUUGGUUAUAUUUUAUUACGGUUAUGGAAUCAAUCUAAAUAAGCUUUUACUUAUUUUAUCGGCUUAUAAAUAACAUAAAAUAUGCUUCGCGCACUAUUUUCUGGAGCCGUGCGUACGGUCACCCAUUUUGCAAAUCAAAACACCGCAAUCGCCCCUGUGAAGCGUGCACUUUCAUACCAAGUCUAUAACCGGUGGACAUCUUCAAAUUCCACACUUCUACAACAGCUGCCAUCAACAGCAACAACAAAUUUAGUGAAUGCCGUUGUGCCAAGUUUCGGUUUAACUCAAAUACAACAAACACGUUCGUUAACCAAAUUCUCGCUUAACAAAGGGAAACGAAAGUCGGUAAAGGCUGUUCUUAAACGUUUUAAACGUCUCGAUUGGGGCGUCUGGGUACGCACUCACACAGGUCGACAUAAGAAAUUGUUUAAGAAAUCUCCCGAGCUGCGUAGGAGAUUGCGCCAACACAUUUUCACAAACUCGACACAGAGUUAUAUGCUGGACAAAAUGGUAACUAGUUUUUGGCGACGUCCGAAAUAUUACAUAGAUGACCCAUACGCGCCAUACCACAAAAGAGAUGAAUUCUUUGCAACAAAAAGUAAAACUUUUAAAGUUUAAAAAGUUUAAUGUUAUGCAUAUAUUUGAUCCAUUUGUUUAUUUUAUUGCCGGAAACAUAACAUUUGAAAAGUGCUUAAUUUAAAUCUGUAAUUGCUUGUUUUCUUUAACUGAAAUGUGCAAUUAUGUUUAUCGAAAAAUAUUUUAGUUUAAUACAAGCAUAAUAUAAAAAUAAAAGAUUUGUUUCAAUUAUAAA